UUUAUUUCCUCUAGUCUCGUAUUGUUGCCUCUUGUAUUAUUCUCCUUAUAUUACCUCAUAGUUUCCUUUCUCUUCUUUUUGUAGUUUCUUUAUAUUGCCUCUUGUUGUCGCCUUAUAUUGCCUCGAAGUCUCCGUUAAUUUUCUUUCAUAGUCUUUUUAUCGCCUCAGUAGUAUGUUUAUAUGUAUAUUCUAGUCUUCAGAGGAGCCUCACGUAGUUUCUUCGUACCCUUGUGUAUCUUGUGUGUAUGCUUAUUUACGCAUUUAUGUUAUGCUUAAGGACCCUCGGUUACGAAUUUUUACUCAUGGUUGGCGUUGGUCGGACAGGGCGGGGAGGUGUCUGAGAUGAGCGUGUGUUACUGGGCGCAGCCGGCCACACUUACAAGCUACGAGACGCACAUGUCUCUCGCCGCCACAGACUACGAGAACGACGUCCUCCACCUCUACCGACGCGGCGGCCAGCUUGGAUUCUACUACAACGGAGUAAGGCAGCUUGGCUUCCCGCACCUGAUCAGCAACAUUGACCUACAUGUGUGGACGCACUACUGCCAUCUAUUCCAGAAGGGAGUGUACGUGGUUUACAUAGGCGGAGAAGAGCUGGGCCGCGGCCCCAUCUCUACCUCUGUCGUGCCGCUACCCCUGCGAGGCGUGCUUGCCCUGGGCCAGGAACAGGAUCUCCUAGCCGGCGGCUAUGACGCAGACCAGAGUUACCGGGGGCGCAUUGCCCUCUUCAAUAUCUACAGCAAACUUGUAAGUGAGGCGGAAGUGCGGCAGCAGGCCCAUUGUAUUGACUAUUCUCCCGGGGAUAUCUUCUCCCUUGAUAGGGAUCAGAUGCAACUCAGCGGUGUUUCUAUUGAACUCCAGAAAAUUGAGAGUUUCUGUGAUGAUUCUGUUGGUUAUGUUAUAUUCCCUGAGCGUAGGAACCUGCCUGACUCGCAGCAGACGUGUCGGCGUGCGGGCUAUGAGAUAUAUAGCCCGUCCACUCGUGACGAGAACAUGGCUUUGUUCAACGAGUCGCUGCUCUUCACUGUUGAAUGUUUGGCUAAUAACUACCAUUUGUGGGUUGGGGCCACGGACGAAGAGGAGGAAAAUGUGUGGCGGAAGUUUAAAGACGGAUCAGUCAUUGGUGACCCGCCUUUCGAGCAGAAGGAGCCCAAUGGCGGCAGUGGAGAGAACUGCAUUUUAAUGUUCCUGCUGAGCGGCCUGUGGGUGGACACGUCCUGCAAUAUCCGCUGGGCUGCCUGUGUUCCUUGCCAGAUAUCAAGCUCCAUCCCUCUUCGUCUGCGUGGCCUGUGCUACAACAGUGAAGCUGAGACGUUCUACGAGGUGCUCGGCUACAAGAACGAGAAGCCUUACUUCCGUGGUUAUUACGGCAUGAUGGUGUACCGGAGGAAUGGCAGCGAGUGGGAAAUGUUUAAUGUGGCGCAAGGCUACACGAUGGCUACCACAAUUUUACCAUCGGAAAACUCCUACCCCUUUGGCCGCCACCUUUGGACUCUGUCACGUGUUAUCUGUGACCAGUCGCCCGGCGCAGUCAUCCGCCUCAGUUUCUCAAUUUGUGCCAACACUGAGUUCAGCUGCUCCAACGGGGACUGUAUACCGAAGGUGAACCGCUGCGACGGCACCAACGACUGUGUUGACUUCUCUGACGAGGACGACUGUAAGACGCUGGUUCUGCCCCGUGGCUACCGUGCCACACAACCGCCAAGCAGUUCCCAGCACGCCGGGCCUCUCCAGCUGGGCUCCACAUUGACCAUUCUCCGCGUGAGUCAAAUCAGCGACGUGCGGCGCGCAAUGAACGCGGAGAUGAACCUCGACCUGCAGUGGAUAGACCCCAGGAUCACUUACCUCAACCUCCGCAACACGCUUGAGUGGAACAAGUUGGGUGGAGAUGACUCUAAGGCCAUAUGGAAGCCGAGACUGACGUUCCCGAAUGUGUACGAUGGCAAGAUUAACAUGAUUGCGGAGGAGAUCGGAAUCAGGAAGCUCAAGGGUCCAAUGCCGCCAGACUACAACGACGAGAAGAUGGACACAGGUUAUGGUGGCGACGCGGCACAGAUAGUGUUGCAACUCCACUUCAGUGGAAGCUUUGCGUGUUCCUUCGAGGUAUUCUACUACCCCUUCGACAAGCAGUGGUGUUACAUCAACAUUCAGCUAGCAUCGGUCAGUAAAGAACAGGCCAGCUUCACCACAGCAGACGCGAAGAUCAUAUACCUGGAGGAGAGGUUUUUGCCUGACUACGAGGUUAGCGAGACGUCCCUCACCAUCACAGAAGCUGGCAACAACGAGACACAUUUCAGCGUACUUCGUGUGAAGUUUGAAGUGAAACGACGAUGGACAGUGAUCGUAGUGACAGUCUUCCUGCCCACUUCCAUGUUGAUCUGUGUCGGCUAUGCCACACUCUAUAUUAGGCUGGACAUGCUCGACGUACGUAUGGCAGUGAGCCUGACGACACUGCUAGUGUUUUAUACUCUCUUCAGCAAUACUUCCGAUGCCCUGCCCGUUACCGCCUACGUCAAGAUGAUCGAUAUGUGGUUUUUCUCCAGUAUAAGCCUACUCUUUUUCAUCACCAUGAUCCACGUACUGACGGAGUACCUGACGGAGCGGCAGCGGAUGGUAAAGGUGCACCCCGCCGUCAAACUAAAACUACCCCCACCCAGAGUGACUCCUGAGCGAGUGAUUGUAGUGGUGCGGGUAUUUGUGGUGCCUCUAAUAGUGGUGGUGCUUAAUAUUGUGUACUGGGUCAUCCUUUACCAGCAAUGGACCAUGUAAUACUUUUAAAAUGUAGUUCAAUCCUUAGUCACAAACCCCAUCUCCAACACACACACACACACACACACACACACACACACACACAGCUCUCUUGGGCAGAGUAGAGUCUAAGGUUCUUCGUCUCAUCAACUCCCCUCCUCUUACUGUCAGUCUUCUAUCUCUUAAAUUCCGCCGUAGUUUCAUCUCUUUCUAUUUUCUAUCGAUAUUUUCAUGCUGAUUGCAAUUCUGAACUUGCUAAAUACAUGCGUCCCCCUCUCCCGCAGACCCGCUGCACUAGAUUUUCUACUUAAGCUCAUCCCUAUGCUGUCCCAAUCCCUUUUGCAACAGUAAACCAGCAGCUUCAUUUUUUCUCCCCUUACACUGGUAAACUCUGGAGCAAUCUUUCUUCGUCUGUAUUAAUUGACCUCUUUUAAGAGGAGAGUAUCGAGACACCUCUCCGCCUCUCUUUUGGCCACUCAUCUAUACCCUUUUUUUUCAUAUAGGAGUAGUGAUUAGCGGGCUUAUUUUAUCUUUUCCUUGUUCCUCCUUUAUUUUAUUUUUAUGCCCUUAUGAAUGUAUAACAAGUUUUCGGAAACUACCAUAUGACGGGCGGUUGUUCUUUUGUAGUCACCUUAUAUUCUUGUGUACUUUUCCAUAUGUUCUAGUUUGAUGAUUUGGAAGAUGUAGAAAAAUAAUAUUCUAGCAAACUUAUUAGUAAGCAGGAUGGUAAUGGUUUUAACGCGUAAUUAUUGUUGAUGUUACACUAGUUUUCCUAAGAACUGUUUUUUGAUAUCGUCAUGUGAUCUCAGGCUGAGCUGCCUAGCAGACCAAUACACAUCCGCUUUACCGAAUUUGUUGCCUCUGUUUGUUUCAAGCCUCAGAUUGUCUGAUUAGCAUCGUUUACAGUGAUGUAUCAUAAAACAUAACUCAAUACGCAGGGUGUCCUAGAGAUUUCCCUCCCUUUUCAUACCACGGCCUCUGAUUGUGCACAAUUUUGAGCAUCGAAAUAAAAUGUUGAU